AUGUCGGACAAGCCAGAGCUCAAAUCUCUCCAUCAAUCGCUCUUCGACGAGGGGUUGAAAGUGCGCAGGGCAGUUGUGGGAAAUGAGUAUGUGGAUCGAUCUUUGGCCAAUGGGUCAAGUGAAUUUGCACGACCCGGACAAGAACUAGUCACAGAGUGGUGUUGGGGCCAUAUUUGGACCAGACCGGGUCUAGAGAGAAAGCAAAGAAGUCUCUUGAACUUGGGCAUGUUGAUUGCUCUGAAGGCCUGGCCAGAGUUGGCGGUCCACACUCGGGGUGCUAUCAACAACGGCCUUACAGAACUAGAGAUCCGAGAGGCGGUCCUCCAAGCUACUAUCUACUGUGGCGCACCAGCGGGAAUUGAGGCAACGAAAAUCACCGAAAAGACUAUCAACGAUAUGAUCGAGAAAGGGGAGUAUCAGCGGUCUUGA